AUGCCCAGCUUCCUUUACUCCCAAUUCCUCACCCGCCCACCUUACCCCAAGGGUUCCCUAGAUGGACAAACAAUUCUCAUUACUGGCGCAAAUGUGGGCCUAGGCAAGGAGUCUGCCCGCCACGUCGUCCGUCUCGGCGCCGCUCGCGUUAUUCUUGGAGUACGCAAUGUCAAGGCUGGAGAAGAAGCCAAAAAGGACAUCGAAUCCUCCACUAACCGACCUGGAGUCUGUGAAGUGUGGGAGGUCGAUCUCGCUUCUUAUAAGUCCGUACUGGCGUUUGGGGAGCGCAUCUCCACACUGCCACGCCUUGACUCUGCUAUCCUAAACGCCGCAAUCGCAACACACAACUUUGAGCUUGCGGAGGGUUACGAACGAACUAUUACUGUCAACGUCAUUAGCACUCUUCUUUUGGGCUUGCUCCUUCUUCCCAAGCUCAAGGAAACAAAAGUCAAAUUCCCUUCUAGCAUUCCUCACUUGACAUUCGUGGUCAGUGAAGUACAUGGAUGGGUCGAGUUUAAUCAAUGGAAGGAAGACAAGACUCUCCAAACUCUCUCAGACAAAGAUCGUGCUGAUAUGAGCGCGAGAUAUCCCACAUCGAAACUUCUCGAGGUUCUCGUCGUACAUGAACUUGCCAGUCGCGUGCGUGGAUCUGAGGUCGUUAUCAAUAUGAUAAACCCGGGUCUAUGUCACUCAUCGCUUGCCCGAGAGGGUAAUUGGAAAUUCACACUGUUCAAGUUGGUCGUUGCACGCUCAACUGAAGUGGGUUCUCGUACUCUUGUUGCGGGUAUCCUUAAUGGUACUGAAGCUCAUGGUAGCUAUAUGAAUGAUGGAUAUGUGGAUGGUGAAGGUAUGUCGCCUUUUGUGCGAAGCGCAGAUGGAGCUAAGGCAAGGGCGAAGGUGUGGUAUGAAGUGACCUCAAUCUUGGAGGGAGUUCGUCCUGGAAUUCUGCAAAAUAUCUAA